AUGGACGGAACCUCAGGACACAAGAAGAAACCGAGGGCUAGGAGCAUCAAACGGGCCUUGAUCAGCGAGGAUAGAAACACUAAAUGGGCUUCAACAAGUGAAGGCAGACAUGGAGAUGGGUCCUCGAGUGACGAGGCUCAGUCGCCGAACAAGAGUAAAAGGCGUGCUAAACGCUUAAGAACAAGUAGUGAACACAGAGAGCACCACAGCAAAUCAACAGGUCGGAAACACGCCCAGGAGGGGCAUGGCUCUAGUGAUGUCCUGCUUGAGACGGUACGGCUGAUGCAUGCUGAACUACCCAAGCUCCAGGCAGGGAGCGUCAAGAAUUACUGGACCUUUCAGAAGCAGUUCCAGCAGUUCUAUCUUUACUCAUCAGCCUCAGAUACAGAGAAGCUCAACCGACUCUUCACCAGCUGUUCCAAGGAGGUACAAGACAUGAUAGAGCACUGCAUGGCUCUACCAGCAGGUCGGGGCCUCAAGGUGGCUCUAAGGAUCCUGGAUGAAAGGUUCGGUGAUGAGAGGAUGUAUAUGAACCAAACAAGGGAAGCUGUGAUGGGAGGGCUCACCAUUGGGGAAAACGACUUUCAAGCCCUCUCCACCUUGUGUGGCCGAUUGACUUCUUACAUCUCCUUCACUGAGAAUCUUGGCAAACUGCAUGAGGUUGAUAACACCCCAACAAUGAGGGAUAUUCUGCUGAGACUCGAUGAACCAUGCAAGCUCAAUGGACUGCCCGAUGGACUGGGAAAAGAAGCAAAUGCACCCAACACAUAA